AUGAGUUACAAUGAAAAGAAGAACCAUGAAGAGGAAUGCAUCUAUGUAUCAUGUUUCUGUCCAUUUAAAGAGUGUAACUUUGAGGCCUCAUCCAAACUGUUAUCCACUCAUGUCAGAGAAAAACAUGAGGCUUCUAGAAUUGAAUUUUCAUAUAAUCACUCUUUCUUGGUGUUCUUCAAUUAUGAUGAUGAGAAAUCAAUUGUUUUUCAAGAGCAAAGUGAUGGUACAUUGUUUGUUCUCAACAGGGAUGUUUGGCGUUCGGGAAUUGUGGUCAGCAUUAGCUGCAUUGGUCCUAAAAUAUUUAACUCUUGUUCUGAGUCAGGGUAUCGUUAUGAUAUCUUGGCUAAGUCUCAAGGAUGUGAAGUGAAGUUAGAGUCUGUCACUAAGAAUGUUAUGAGAAGAACUUUGGCUAUUCUUUCAUCAGUAGUGUGCCUUUUGAUUCCUUUUGAUUCGGAUUAUCCUGAGCCUCUCAAUCUGGAAAUUUGCAUAAGGAAUAGACACAGUGGUGCACAUUCUCAUGAGUGCAGCAUUCCAUGGGUUUGCGGUUCUGUUUGA